AUGGAGUUCGGCAACCGAGGCGUUCUGAACGAAGAUGGAAUCCACGUCGACAUGGACAGAUUAAAGAAGGGCGAGGUCAAUCUUGGUACCUCGAUCAUGGCAGUCACAUUCAAGGACGGCGUUAUCCUCGGCGCCGACUCGAGAACCACCACGGGAUCCUACAUCGCAAACCGAGUGACAGACAAGCUCACACAAGUGCAUGACACCAUCUGGUGUUGCCGAUCCGGCUCGGCAGCCGACACGCAAGCUGUCGCCGACAUCGUACACUACCAGCUUGGCCUGUUCGCCAUGCGCAACGGAAAGCCCCCGACGACCCAGACCGCCGCCGCCAUCUUCCAAGAGAUCUGCUACUCCAACAAGGAUAGAUUGAGUGCCGGGCUGAUCAUCGCCGGCUGGGAUGAGCGACACGGAGGCCAGGUCUACUCCAUCCCUCUUGGCGGCUCGCUACACAAGCAAGCAUACUCCAUCGGCGGUUCCGGUUCGACAUACAUCUACGGUUACUGUGAUGCUCACUGGAAAGAGGGUAUGGAGGAGAAGGACGCGGUGAACUUUGUCAAGAGCGCUCUACAGGAAGCCAUCAAAUGGGACGGUAGCUCUGGCGGUGUUAUCCGCAUGGUGGUGCUGACCAAGAAGGGCGCCGACAGACAUCUGUACUUGCCCGACGAGCAGUACAAGGUCAAACACUGA